AAUAAAACAGCUGAUCUCGUUUGUUUACGAAGACUUUUGGCAUCAUAUUCUAUAUAUUGUACUUGUUAGUUAGGCAUUUAUUAAUAAGUUAAAAGUACAAGGAAAUGGACGCCAAAAAGAUAUCUUUUGGCUUCAGUAAGUUGGCAAAGAAACCUAAUAUUCUGCCCAGCAAGCAGCCUAAAGUGGAAAGCAAAGUGGAGCUAAUAAAAUGUUUGGAGGGUAAUGAAAUCAUGCCGGUGGCUGAAAAGGCUGUGGCCGCUCCGUUGACUAUUCAAAUGAUCGGCAUGCAAAAGACUUCAUCCGCUCUGGCCAGCUUGAUGAAGCGGAGAGCCGUUCUGCUGGGCGAGGAGGAACCUGACCCAGAGGAGAUAACUCCAGAGGCGCAAUCGAUUGCGGAAGUCACCGCAGGAGGUCCCACUGAAAGCCUGGAGCAGCGAGCAGCUCGGGAGUUAAUAUCUGCCAGCCAAAAUAAUGCCACAGAGGGAUCAGAUGGUCAAAAACUCGUCUUGCCGGCCGUUAAAGCGGACGAACUCCCACUCAAUGGAGCAAAGGAGGCAACACUGGAUGACUAUGACAAUAUACCUAUUCAGCAGUUUGGCCUGGCCAUGCUGCGCGGCAUGGGUUGGGUGGAUCCGCCACCAAAAAAAAAGGGUUCCGGACCCAUUGACGAUGCACCCUUCUUACGACCCAAGGGAAUGGGUCUAGGAGCAGAUAAGGCCCUCAAGCCUAAAGCUCUGCUGGUCCAGCCAGAAAAGAACGAGGUGCUUGAGAUCAAAAAACAGGCUUACGUUCGGAUCUUGGGAGGCAAGCAGAAGGAUCAGUACGGACAAAUUCAGGGCUUUGACGAUCAUGCCGGAAGAGUUAUUGUCAAAAUGGCUAUUGGAGGGACCAAGGAGGCCUUUAACGAGUUCCUCUGUCAACCAGUGUCCCGAAAAGAGUACUCCCAGUAUGGAAAGUGCAUAAACACUGCCAAGUACGAAGAGUUUAAAAAAUAUGAAAAUGAACAUGGUCAGAUCAUUGUGAAGCAAGAGAGAUUAACAGAGAGAAGAGAUAAAAACCUCAGGGAGGAAGAAAGAUUACAUCGGGACGAGAACCAAGAUCGCAAGAGCUUUAAGUCGGAGCAACAGAAAUCUGGCAACGAUGAUUAUCGCAGAAAAUACAAGGAAGAAGAUAAAAGAUCCUACAAGGAUGAAGAAAAAAAAUCGUACAAAGAGGAAAAUCGUAGAUCAUACGAGAACGAUAAUCAGAAAUCAUACAGGCCUUACAAAGAAGAGUCAAAAUCGUACAAAGAGGAAGGUCGAGACAAGAAGUACUAUGUACAGGACCCACGAAGUAGUUCUACCACAUCUAAGCGCGAGGAGAGGGAGAGGAGGCGUUCACCGAAUCCGAGUAGCAGAAGCUCCUCUAAACCUAACCGUGAGGAUCGGGAGCGGAAACGUUCGCCAAGUCCUAGGAGUAGCAGAAGGGCAAAAAGCAGUUCAGACGAGGCCGACGACACGGGAGAGUCCACUGAAAGUGACUCUGACUCUGCAUACGAGCGCAGGCAUCACAAGAAAAAAUCAUCCAGCCGAAAGUCCAAGAAACAUUCGAAGAAGUCAAAAAAUAAAUCGAGAAAAGCUGACCACGACUCAAGUUCGGAGAGUGAUGAAAGCCUUGAAGAUAAACGUAGGCAUCCUAGUAAGCACAAAAAGAAGACCAAGAAGAGCAAGCACGCUAGAUCGCGUUCGCGGUCCAGAUCAAGAAACCGGUAGUGAUUUGAUCUAUUCAGUUGAAAUCUUUAUUUAAAUAUAGUUCAUUAGACGCUUAAGGU